GAAAAAGAAACUCCGGUUGGAGAAGUGUUCGUCUUCCGGGGGUGUGCGAGCGAACCAUGAACGGAAAGUUUCACGGAGAAGGAAAAUCAGACCAGAGCAGCAAUGCUCUCAUGAAGGAAUUGGAAUCGUACUGGAAGAUGCAUUAGAGAUCUCAAGGAAAAGGCAAAUCGAACACCUAAAAUAUCUCAUGAAGGAAGGAAAGCCAAACCCUAUGUCUUCUGAAGUAACAUUCCAUCCUUGGUCUUGUCUGGCAGAUGUUGCUUUAAUGCAUUAUCACAAGGAACAG